AUGGAGCAUUUUGAGUGGUUUCUCAAUAUUAGGAUCAUACGGGACCGCGCUCAGCGCAAAAUUUGGCUCUGUCAGGAUGCGUAUAUCUCAAAGAUCGCUGAACGUUUUCAACUCAACACCACGAAAUGCCCAACUACGCCCAUAUCGGUCGAUAUUGAUGCUUCAACUGGUACAGCAACCAAUCAGGAGAUCCACCUAUUCCAAGAGCUCGUUGGAUCAGCCUUAUACGCAGCAAUCAUGACACGUAUCGAUAUUGCCAAAGCUGUUAAUGAGCUCGCCAAGCACACCACAAAUCCGUCACCUACGCACUUUCAGCAAAUCAGGCGUGUGAUCCAGUAUCUGUACGGAACCCGGUUCUUGGCAAUCGAAUACUCACCACCAAGAAACUCGAUCUUUGACGCAUUUGUAUGUGCCUCAGAUGCUUCAUUUGGGGAUAACGCCGACCGCACUAGCUCCGAGGGAUAUUUAGUGCAGAUAUAUGGAGGACCAGUUGACUGGCGCGCCACAAAGCAACGAUUGAUUACUACGUCAACCACCGAGGCCGAGCUUAGAGCCGCUACAGAGGCCGCCAAAAGGCUUCAAGUUUGGAAGCGCGUUUUCAGAUCGAUUGGCUUCAAGCUUGAUAGAGAGCUCACCAUUCAGUGCGACAACAAGCAAACCGUUUUACUAUUGACUAGUGAGGAGCCUCAGUUUCGCACCAACCUCAAGCAUAUUGACAUUUAUCAUCACUGGCUGCGCCAGGAGAUCCGCUGUGGGCGCCUCCGCGUUGAAUAG